CACGGGCCUUAAAGAGAAAAAAAUAAGAAAGAACUCAGAGUUCCGCCUGCGACUGCGACACCGAUGAGUCGGCUCUUGCUGCCUAGCCUUUUCUCAAUCUCUAGAAAACAGGUUCUAGCUGCGUCAUCGUUCCGCAAUCUGUACGGACGUCACAGCUUUGUUCAUUGGACGAGUGCUGCUAUGUCGCAAGAUAGUGCAUCUGGUGGCUCCUCUGCUUCUGGAGCUAGAACGUUUUGCUCCUUAGAAGAUUUGUCAGCGAAAAAGUGUGUGCCAUGCAACGCUAAGGAUCUGCGUGCCAUGACUGAACAAAGUGCUCAAGAACUACUUCAAAAGGUUGCUGGAUGGGAUAUGGCUAAUGACAAUGGUACAUUAAAGCUGCAUCGGUCUUGGACAGUGAAAAGUUUCACAAAGGGACUAGAUUUCUUCAAACGUGUAGCUGAUAUCGCUGAAUCAGAAGGUCAUCACCCAGAUUUGCAUCUGGUAGGCUGGAAUAAUGUGAAGAUCGAUAUAUGGACACAUGCCAUAGGUGGUUUGACCGAGAACGACUUCAUUCUAGCUGCUAAGAUCAACCAGCUUCAAGUGGAAGAUCUUCUGAGAAAGAAGAAAGUUGCCAAGUGAGAGGAUGUGUUGGUUUACAAACUCUGUCAAACAAGCAUUAGAUCUAUGCAAUAUGAGAAUAAAGGCGAGCUAGAAUGACAUGUUUAUGUUUCCUCAGCGUCUAUGGUUCUUGUAAAGCUGUUUCUGUUCUUACAAUCUCAAAACCCACAAAGAGGCAGUGUAGCUAUAAGUGUGGAACAAGUACGGUUCAUUCUACAACAAAUUAAUUUCAUUCAAGACAAUAAAUUAUGUUUGUUUA